AAAUAACCAAAUGUCAAAUCUGUCAAUUUUAUGUUUUGAAAACGUUUUCGUGUGAUUUAACUCGUUUUGUUUUUUAACCAGUUUCGGUAAAAUAUUGUAAUGGCGGGAGUGCUAUUCGAGGAUAUUUUUAACGUUAAAGAUAUCGAUCCAGAAGGAAAAAAGUUUGACAGAGUCAGCAGGCUACACUGCGAAAGUGAAUCAUUCAAAAUGGACUUGAUAUUGGAUAUAAAUUCUUGGCUAUACCCAAUGGAAUUAGGUGACAAAUUUCGUCUGGUACUAGCUACUACGUUGAGGGAAGAUGGCUACCCUGACGGGGGGGAUUGGAAUCCCCAGGGCCUGGAAAGUGAAGGCUCCAGGGCUGACAGCUUCGAAUACGUCAUGUCCGGAAAGGUGUACAGAAUAGAAGGCGAUGAGGCGGCUAUGGAAUCAAGCAGCAGAUUAGCAGCGUAUGUUUCCUUUGGGGGAUUGCUGAUGAGGCUACAAGGGGACGCUAAUAAUUUACACAGUUUUGAAGUAGACCAACACAUGUAUCUACUAAUGAAGAAAAUAUUCAUGUAGAAUUUUAUUUUUGUAAUUAUUGUAAGAGAAAUAAAUUAAUAGGAAAAC